UGUUAAAAUUUCCCUCUUCGAACUCCAAUCCUUUCACGCAGAAGACGAUGGAUCUCAUCCUGAGGUGCCUGAUCAUAUCCGGAAAAUGUCUGUCCAAAAUAACGGCGAACUCCAUACGCGGCGUCUACCGCAAAUCCAUCGUCUUGAACGACCAGAUGACUGUGCGAUACGACAAUUUGUGGCGCGUUAUCGGGCACCACGACAACGUCCUCGAUCUAUACAGCAGCAACUACGAGGAUGUUGGACUCGAUCCGCAGGCUUACCUGACCUUUAUAGGUGAUAAGCACAAGGAGGAGUUCGAGAGCUACUUAAGGAAAGAGGAGGAAAAGUCUUCGAAUAUCGAAGAAAUUCACAGUGCUGCAACUAAAUUAAGGCCCCUGCGGAAGUCGGAUGAUUUCAAUGCCAUACCGUCAUCAUCAAAUUUCUUCGUAGAACUGGAUGAUAUGCAUAAGCAAGUAAAAGAGGCAACAAAAAUCCUGUGGGUGAAUUCCAAACAGUUCGUCCAAUUCGAGAAGCAACUGUGCGCCAAAUUUAAGAAACUGGAGGUUGCUGCUGAGCGCGCCAAGGAGAAUUUAAUUAGCAUGAAUAAAACAGAGAUGAUGAAUUUGACGGCGAAAAUGGGAGCUGUCGAGAAGGAGAGGAUCAAUCUGCUGGAGAACUACGGUCGUUUUCAGAUGUUGGAGGAGUCUGUCGGAGACGAGACCUUCAGAAAGAAAUUGGAUCAGAUCCGAGAAGAUGUGCGAUGCGCUUCCAGUCUGCUCAACAACAAUUUGAGAUGUUUCACAUUGACCGAUGCGCGAAUCCAGCUGAAGAAGGUCAAGUACAACAUAAUAAACGCCAAUCACGUAUUGCAUAUGAGCCAGAAGGAAUGCGACAAAAUCAAGCGUGAGAUGGUCUCGAAGCUGCUGACCGAACCAGAUGAAGAGUACGAAACCGAAGAACUGGAGUCGGAAUUGAUCCCACUCCCCAUAGAAUGCAGAAUCAAAAUCAAGCAAGAAGAGAUCAAGCACACAGGCAAAGUGAUCGAGAUCAACAAGCGCAUGUUCGACGAGUUGGAGCAAAAUCUGAAAGUCGUCAAGAUCAUCAGGAAGAACGAUAAUCGAAAACCAUUGCAGAAUAGUAAUUCAAAAAAUAAGAUUGUAGAUUUAAGUGGAAACGUAAUAAAUGAGCACGCACCUUUAGUCGGGAUGUCCAGCUGCGGGCAAAAAUACCUAUCCACCUCUGAAAUGAAGCAAGUUCCUAAUAACAGAAUAGAACAGUCGAAUGUGUACAAGUUGAUUAAGCAAGAACAGGAUAGGAGAAAAAACAUUAAAGUAUCUUCUAAUUAUCGCAACGAGGAUGACAGAAGGAUUCGCAAUACAAAGAGCAAAGAGGAAAAAGACUAUGUUAACGUUAUCCACAAAGGAUCACGCGGUAUGUCCGAGCUAAAUAAAAUUAAUAAUAUUAUAAACGAUUAUAAAAAUUUGGAAACUUUGGAGGAAAGAAGGAAACAUUACAAGAUUUUGCAAACGAAAAAAUCUCCUAUUGAAAAAAACACGAAGCAUUGGACUUACUCGCCUAUCUUGGAGUCGAUUGAAAGAAAAGAAGAAAACUAUACGAUAGUAAAAGAGACUCUUAAUUCAAAUACUGUUGAAACCGAAAAUGGCAUUACAGCAUAUAAACCAGAAACUAGCGUCGUUCUAAAUACAGAAGAAAAUAACACCAAGGAUACUACGAUUGACGAGGCUAAACAAAAGGAUCCGUACUUUCCGCUUGUGACUAAUGUUAAAUCAGAGGAGAAAAUUGAUUUCAGCGAAAACCAAGAGUUGCUGAUCAAAGAAGUAAGCGACUCGGAAAUUCAUAAAUUCAUGGAAAAGGCUAUACAAAGUGAACGCAACUCGCAGGAGCUGAAUGUAGCAAAUAAAGAAGUCAACGAGAAAGAUUGCUUAGCGAAACACGAGAAUUCAAAAGCAAUACAAAAGGAUUGUGCAGAAUUGAAUAUUGUUAGAGACGCAGAAUCCAAUACAACGAAUUUGUUCCAACGUGAUUGGAAAUGCGUGAUCACGUGCAAGAGUCUGAACGAUUUAAAGAUAUUAGAUGGCAACGGAAUUCCAAUUAUGUGCAAUAAGUUUGAUUUCGGCGAAUCGGAGAAUCGAAGGGUAAGGAAGAUUUUAGAAGCGCUUCCAAUCCAAUCCACGCGGAUUUUGCAAUUGGAAAGCGAUGCGUUGCAGUCGAACUCGAGUAAAAAUCUGGAUAAACAUUUCUACAGUAUUCCGCGACCCAAGCAACGCUGCACUUUUGACAAUUACGAUAACUCCUCGUUUGGGAACUUGAGGUUCGAGGAUUUCUGCUUGAAAGAUAGUUUUAAGAUCUACUGGGAUGAGACGAAAAUGGUCAAAUCGAAUGAUGAUCUUUACAAGACUUUGAGUAGUCAGGCGAAUCUUUUUGCCGAUAUCGUUGAUGCGGAUGAAUCGUUGAACAACUUCAGCUGCAUGCACGUGAAAGAUCAGCAGGAUGGAAAGAGUUUGUUGGUCGUGAAGGAAAAAUCUAAAAUGGAUAUGAUCGAGGAGCGGUUCAAAAGAGUGGCCCUGGCACGGACCAACACGAAUCUCAUUAAGAGAGCGCAAGCCAAGCAACUUAACUUAAAGAAAGAGCUGUAA